UUUCCGGUAGAGGUCCGCCAGGGGUUUGUAGCUUGUGCUUCUGCAAAAUACGAAAUGACACAACGCAGCUGAACAAAUAUUGCUUUUAAAAUAAGGACGAUGUGGUUUGUGAGGAGAUUUCUCUCGUCGGUGGUUUACAGGGGUCACUAUGCCGGGCAGUCCGGACUCCUGCUCCGACCUCGGUACGGCUCCCUUCCGGCGGACCUGGAGCUGCGCUACCUCCAGUGCACCUGUUGCUGGAGGAGCCGGGUUCCCGUGGCGGGUUUUGAGACUUUAAACGCCGCUCUCACUUCUUCUUCCUCCUCCUCCUCCUCCCUGUCGCCUGAGUCCUGUAAGGAGGACGGCAGGACUACACUGGACGCCUGCUACACCUCCGAGCAGCGGGACGCCAUCCUCCAGCUCCUCAACAACGCCACCUCGGCGGAGAUGGCCAGCGUCAAGCUGCUGAGAGGCCGCAAGUCGCUCAACAUCGUGGAGUACAGGACCAAACACGGACCGUUUAAAACUCUGGAGAGCGUGGUAAAUGUCCCGCUGCUGAAGCACAAGAGCGCGGUCAUAGUGUUCAACUCCAUCGUGAAUCCGGUGAAGAAGGAGAGGAAGGUUCGGAUACAGCUGGCCAAGUUCAUCAGACCGGAGGUGGACAGGUCCUGGUUGGAGGAUGCUACAUCCAUAGUAUCACUAGUAUGUGGAACUAAUAAAAUCGCUUGGGCCCAUGUGGACCGGGAGAUGACGGUAUUAGAGUGGAAACAGAAGGAGUGUCCUAAUUUCUUGAAAGGGACAUACAUGGCUUCUUCUUACCUGAAUGAUGUGUCCACGGUGGUGUCCGUCUUGCCAUCAGCAGAUUUCUAUCUGAUAGAGAAGCCCGCCAUCUCUGUGCAGAAUACAGCUCUGUUUCCUAUCAUGGCCCACAUGAGGACUGUGGAGGCCUUGCUGUUUGCUCUGCUGGAGCCCAAAAUCUCCCCACCAGAGCCUAAUAUUCCUCCCAGGGUUCUUAACAUGAUGAGGACCGCCGUGGGACGCCACUUUGACCUGAUUGUGGGGGAGUCUCGGACUAGCGGGGCUCAGUGUGACAGAUGAGGCGGAGAACCGGCAGGUAGUCGACACAGACGGCCCGUCUGUUCCCCAGCAGGCUGAAGGACUCACUCCUGAGCAGCAGCCGACUCACUCUGGACCUCCUUUGGGACACCCUGGAAAGACGGAUAAGCUACUCAAAGUCAGGUAUACUGCAACCGUUCGAGUCUUCUUUUAUACUCCUGAAAAAACAAGAUGUUAGGACCCAGCAUAACCUUUACUUUAUACAGUCAUUGGAAAAAAAACAAAACAUACACCCUGUAAUCAUUUUUCUUUUACUAGCUUGUAAAAGUGUUCAAAUUUAAUCUCAAGUGUAGAAAAACAACAAUGUCUUACAGAUUUAAUUAAACAAAAAGCAAAAUGUAACUAUACCAUUGCUAUUUCCGUUUGAGUUGUAAAGGUAAAGUAGCAGCCAGAUGCUAAUCAAUCACAUAUUUUACCAGAGACUUAAGUCUGUCAAAUAAAUGGGUGAUCUAUCCCAGCCUUUUAGCGCCUGAUUAAUUUUGUGUUUCAAAACGCUGCAGUUUUCAUUCCUGAGUCAGAUAAUGUACAACCGGGGUGUCAAAGUCAAGUCUGGAACAGGAAAACGUCUCAGACUGGAAGGACGUCAGGCAAGUUCAGAUCGUAGAAAACACAAGAUCUCCAACUCAAACAAUCCACACCUCAGUUAGCAUGUUGAAGAUCACGAUCUGGGAAUUUCAAAAUGACUUAAAUACUGCAUGUUUGGAAAGGUUACCAGGAAACCUGUAUCUGUCAAAAGACUAUGGAAGCAUGGUGAAGGUUUGCAGAGAUGCAUCCGAGUUGUGGAACAAAGUCCUUUGGGCAGAUGAGACCAAAAGUCGAGAUGUUUGACCAUAAUGCACAGCAGUAUAGCGCUUUGAAAACAAAUAGCUUAUCAGGACAAACACUGAAUACCAACCGUUAAACAUAGUGGUGGAGGAAUGAUGAUUUGUUAACUGAGCUCUGUAUACCAAAGUAUUCUGGAGUCAAAUGCAAGUUUCAGGUAAAUCUCGGCUCAAAACACAAACACAGCAGAAAAUAUAACGGUGAAUGAAGGCGAAUUGGCAGGUUAUUAUUUUUUUUCUUUGUCCAUCAAAACUCCCACCUUUUUCAGCUUGUAAACACAUCAACAGCAUGUUCUUUGAGUUUAGUAAAAAUAGGACAAAUACAAGAGAUGUUGAUAUACUUAAAAUGGAACAGCAAUGCAAUUCCUAUAUUUUCUGUUGCAUUUAAAACUGCUACCUCUAAUGUUUUGCCCAUGUUUUUAUUUUAUGAACACUAUUGUUAAGUUUAUGCCCAUCGUUACCUAAGGAGGAUUUGUGAUGCUGUGGUUUUGAAAUACAAGAAUGUACUCUAAAUAAAGUUAUUUUUCCCAGA